AAGCACUUUGCCGAAAUGGAUGUGGAAAAAGCACUUUGCCGAAAUUAUCAUUUGGAUUUUGAGAAGCCAAGAGGGGGUGAAGUUUUGCUUGGGGAGCAUAAUGUCCUGCCAAACUAUUUUGAGCAAAAUCAGGCUGAGGCACUUCAUUUCAAUAAAACAGUGCUUGAGACAGUAGUAGAAGCUGCAGAGGACUGGAGAAGUGAUGACAUAAAGGGACUCCUUGGGCGUUGUAAUUUUAAAGCUGAUAUGCUUGAUAGAAAGGUUUCUCUUUUGAGUGGUGGUGAGAAGGUAAGCUAAAACUGUAUGCUCUUA